ACUUAAAGGCAGAUUCACCGGGUAGCUUUUCUUUGUAGGUUUUAUUACGUUAGGCUUUCAGACAUGCAAAAGUCCAACGUUAGCUAAUUGUGCUAUAUUGGUGGCAGUUAAGUUAACCUAGCGUUGGACGCAAAUUUGGGGAUUAAAGUGUUAACGUUAUGUGACAUUGACAACUUCCUGUCUGUAAAUUACGCUUAUAAGUCAACUAACGUUAGCAAACAAUACAAAGCUAAUUGCUACAGUGUCUUUGCUCUUUCCGAAGGCAGUAAGUUCACUGAUAUGAAGACAGAACAGAACAAUUUUAACGUUAAUAUCUCCAGAAAAUUGUCUUCGUCUUUUAAAAUACUGUGAGCUUGUAGUGGGUUUUUCCUCUUCAUACUUAACUCCCACUCUAACGUUACUUGGCUGGUGCACGAAGAUGUCUUCAUUAGUGGCCUACGAGGAUUCAGAAUCAGAGGAUGACUCUCUUGAUCAAAGGGAUGAGGGAGCAUCGACCUCUGUCCCAACUGGAUCCCGUGAACAAGACCAAGAAGUUAGGGUAUUUAAUCCUUCUGAGGUAACCCAGAGCCCUCACAGCUUCACAUCAGACCUUGACAGGUCAUAUCAUGGAAAUGUCUCAGAAAGAAGCAGAUCUUCACUACAUUCACAGCCACAGAGCUGUUUUGGCUUAGAAAGAACAUAUUGCAAUUACAGGACCACACGAGAAAAACAUUUCAGAGAUACCACAGCUCCUCUGAGUUUCUCAGCACUGCAGACUCACAUGCCACAAAGCUUCGGCAAUGGGCUGAACCAACCAGCAAAAAGACAUCACACUGUCCCGUCUGGUGUCAGACCGUACAUCCCCAAGAGACAGAGACUUACCACUUCAGUAGAGACAGUGGACCGUACAGUGCACCCAGCCGAGCAAGUCCCAGGGAGUCAGACCAGAGAAAGCCAAAUUCUUUCCGAAGUAUCAGCGAGAGUAAAGCCAUAUCUUGCUAACAAGCCCGGCGCUGCAGGGAUACCGAGGAGGCUCCUGAUGAGCCUGGGAGGCCACCAGGGCCCAGUCAACACAGUGCAAUGGUGUCCUAUGCCUCAUCUCAGUCAUCUGCUGCUGUCUGCCUCCAUGGACAAGACUUUCAAGGUGUGGGAUGGAGCAGAAAGCGGGCGAUGCCUGAGGGUUUACAGCUGCCAUUCGGGAGCUGUGCGCGAUGCCUGUUGGACCCCCUGCGGGCGACACCUUCUCACUGGCUCAUUUGACAACACAGCUGUGAGCACAGAUGUAGAGACAGGGCAGCAGGUGGUGAAAUUAGACAACCAGUUCAAGGUGAUGUGUGUGGUCCUGCAUCCCAGCAGCCCAGAGGUAUUCCUGUGCGGAGGUUACAGUUCAGUGGUCAAGGCCUGGGACUCUCGGAGCUGCAAGGUAGUUAAAGUGUACAAAGCAGGGGUCCAGCAGACCUUAGACAUCCUGUUUUUGAGAGAUGGUGUGGACUUUAUAACAAGCUCUGACUGCGUAAGCAGAGACUCUGCGGACCGCACCCUCAUCGCCUGGGACUACCAGACCACAGCCAAGGUCUCCAACCAGAUCUACCAUGAGCGGUACACGUGCCCCAGCCUGGCUCUCCAUCCACUUGAGGAGUCCUUUGUUGCGCAGACCAAUGGGAACUACAUGGCAGUAUUCUCCUCCCAGCGGCCCUAUAGGAUGAACAAGAGGCGGCAAUAUGGAGGACACAAGGUGGAGGGGUAUGCGGUGCAGUGUGAAUUUUCUCUGGAUGGAAGCAUCCUGGCUUCAGGAAGCUCCACAGGCUCUGCCCACUUCUACGAUUACCACAAUGCUCGCACACUGCACAUCCUGCCCGCCCACAGCCAGCCCUGCCUUUGUGUGUCUCAGCAUCCCGUCCUUCCUGCGACUGCGGCCACCUGCGACUGGGCUGGCGAGAUCAAGGUCUGGCACUGAAAACUCUGAAUGGACAAGAAUAUGGACUUUAUGGAAGUUAUAAGAUGUAGCGUGUUGACCAAGAGCAUGAGAUGGAAGACAGUAUUUAACUGAAAACUCAUGCCCAUCCAUCUUAAAGACUGUAUCUCCCAUAAGCUCUUGGUAUAAGAUCAUGAAAACUUGGCAAAACAUGCUGGAAGUCAGCAAAUCUACUGAAAAACUGUUUUUUACACUGUGUAUCUUGUGAUGCUUUCACAUUAUUUUGAAAACCACCCACAUUUCUACUCCCAUUGAUCCCCCUUAGUGUAGCACAACAACAAUAGUCACUAUUGUGAAAAUCCUACUGUAAGCAUGUUAUUUAUAUUUAUCCUAUCUCACACUGUUUUCACAUCCUGAAAUCAGGUUGGUCAAGUUAUAGCACAUGAAAUCAAAGAAAGUUUCUUUACGGUUCAAAGAGUUAACUAUUGUGCACUACAGUGUAUAUAUAUAUAUAUAUAUACACACACACACACACACACACACACACACAACCUUAAUGCUUUUAUAGUCACACUAAAACAUCAUGUUCUUGAAGUUUUUGUCAAAACAAAAAGAAAAUAUUCUCUGUGGGCAUUUUCUCAUCAGUGGUGUUUUUCAUUCCUACAUUCUGCAUACACAUCGCUUUCCUCUAUGCCUUUUUGUUCUCACAGGCUCUGAUAUGACAUUUUCUUUCACACUGACAGCUUAGCGCAUCACAGAGAGACAACCGGAGAACUAAAAAAAUACGCAGAUAUCUGUCAAAACAUUGCCAGGUUCUUCCAAAAUCCUGCCAGUCAACAGCAGAGUGCUGACGUGCACACAGAUGCUUGUGAUCUUUAUACAGUAUCAAUACACUUUGCUUUUUUGCCCAGAGGAAAAUUCUUAUGGCUUAAUACUUUUUAUAGCCCCCGCGGUGGUUAAAACUGUAGUUAAUAAUAGUUAAAUUAACAUUAUUAUUGUCUUAAGACCACUAAGUAAUUUGUGAAGCCAAAUGAUGAUUUGCAUGUGCUAAAUAACGAAAGCUUCUGCUGUUGGUUGUAGCCCUUCUGUGCAAGUCAGAUACAGAGGAUCAUUAACGUCAAAACAAAUUAAGGAAGAUUAAACACUAAGGCCUCAAAAAGGUGAAAAAGACCAAAGAAUAAAGUUCAAGACCAGCAACAGCAAACCAGGGGGCGAUAUUGGAUGACCUUUUCAGGAAAGACAUCUUUAAAUAUUGGUUACUUAUCUGUAGAACAACAAACUUUGAACAGAGUGCAGAGCACAGCAGCCCCUGCCCCUUCACUCACAUAUAGUGACAGUUCAUAUUGAGAUACAGAAAUCUACUAGGGCCACAAUUUUGCUCCAUAGCACUGACUGAGAACACAAAAGAAAGUAACUAAGAUAAACAGAAACAAGGAGCCCUUCAAAACCUGCUCAUACUUUUUUCCUAGCCGCACAACUGUGUCAUUAGCUGGCGGCUGUCAACAUGCACAUUUUUCUGUGUGGUACAUGCGGUAAAAGGGCUUUCCACUGUUUUAGACAAUGUUUAAUUGUACUUUCAAGUAGCGUUAACGUUGGCUGUUCACCAAUUUAGUUCAUCCCACUUGAUGGUGCCGACUAUUUACUGGCGUUUACUAACCUGUUGGCGAUUUAGACGCAGGUAACUAUAUGUACAGUAUCUGUGCAAUGUAAACAUUGAAUACAUUUUCUGCCUUGCACAAAGCAGAUAGUCACACAAAUAGUUUAUACAAACUGUAUGUAAAUGUAAAUACAUUAUACCUUAGCAGCACACCUGUCAUUAGCUGGCCGCUAAGUACAAGUACACGCAAAUACACACAAUUGUGCAUGCUCACUUCAACUUGUAAUAUACACCAUGCAAUGUGCACAAAAUUGCAAACUCCACUUACCGGUAGUUCCACCCUUUUUAGAUUGAAAUCCCAAUGAUUAUGUAAUUUCUCCUAGCAAGUUCUCCCAUAUGUACUCAUUAAAACAGCCAAGAUGGCGCGAGUCGACUUACUCCCGCUCACCCUUGACCUGUUAAAAUUGUCAGUUGAGCACGAGCUGAAUAUAGAUGUCUAUAGAUGUGGUCAAAUCCCCUCCAUUAGAGACUGCAUGAUGAUAUGGCAAGUGUCACAUUGGGUGUUUAAGAAUCUCUAGGGAAAAUUCAUGCCAAAAAUCACUUAAGAUAUUUCUAGGAUAUCACAACUUCCACCUACACAUCUACUAGGGGUGGGAAUCACCAGAGGCCUCACGAUACGAUAUUAUCACGAACCUUAAGUCAUGAUAUGAUAUUAUUGUGAUUUUAAACAUUUAUUAUCUUUUUCCAACUUCAAAUUGUGCCCCCAAAGGAAAACUCUUUUUCUCCUGGACUGAAAAAGCAAUUGGUUUUAUUAUUAUAGUACCAAAAGGUAAAAUUAUUAUGUACAAUUUGUAUAAUAAAAGAUCUUUUCUUGA